GCGCCCGACGCAUACUCCAAUCUCCAUCAUACAGAAAUAGAUUGUCUUACGUCUUGCUCGAAUAGCCAAAAUGCGCUGGCAAGUGGACUGCGGUUCCACGGGGAUCCGCCUUGCGCUGGCUCAGCUCUCGGGGGGAGGGGUGGCAGUGAUGUCAGAUGUCUUGAUGGAAUUUCAAAUGCUGUGUGACUUGUGAACUUGCCGCAUGUUUCAUACGCUUUCAUGCCCGCGGCCGUACACUAUACCCCCGCUCGGUCCAGAUGGUAGAUUAGCUGGGAAGGACUUCCAACUUGCCCGUCGGCCUCCGCGUUCCUGUAUAGAGAGCUCAACAAGUAUAUUCACUCGGGAAACCAUCUCUAGCCUUGAGCGCCACAAAAUCCUUAACGGUUUACCCCGGGGUAGAUCAUAUCUUCAAACUCCGCGAGCUUUACACCCUCACGCUCACGCUUCUUCGAGAACUACUCCGCACAAUAUGCGAACAGGCACCAGAUCACGCCGUGGAGGAGCGAAGAGCAAGAGAAGACAACAGGAGCCUGAAGGGGUUAGCAGCCCAACCGUACUCCACGAUAAGGGACCCAACGCCAAAGACCAACAAUACGAAGCCGAAGCCACUCCCGUAACGGGGCGCCCUAACUCUCCAAACAAACGAAACUCAUCACGCCAUCAAACACCGCAAUCGCAGGCUCCUCCUCGAUCAUGGAAAUACCACCUCCGCACCAUAUGGCUCAUCACCGUCAACGACCUCAAAUCCAUCGUCGCUCCUGAAACCGCCUUCGGAAUCUUCAGCGCCCUCGCGCCUACCCUGACAACCCAUCCUGAUCCGACUAUCUUCACCGUGUUCUCACGCCUUCCGCAUGUCAUUCUCUGGAACUGGCUCAACGUCCUGCUUUUCGACAUCGCUAACCAGCGCCUUCCAAACUCAAUACUCGAAGACAGCGUCAACAAGCCAUGGCGACCCAUCCCGACCGGACGCCUCACACCUGACGAGGCCCGGCGGUUGCUGCUCGUCGUCAUUCCCGUGGUAUUCGGCGCUACCCUCUGGCUCGGAGGCAUGUGGGAGGCCGUCGCCAUGAUGGUGCUAACGUGGAUGUACAAUGACCUGGGCGCCGCCGACGAAGUCUACGUCGUGCGGAACAUCAUCAACGCGCUGGGCUUCAUGUGCUACAGCUCGGGGGCCACAGCAGUUGCGGCGGGCGAAUACGAGCUGACCCCCCGAGCCUACACCUGGAUCGCCAUCGUUGGAGCCAUCAUCUUCUCCACACUGUCGAUGCAAGAUCUUCCCGAUGUUGAGGGCGACGCAGCUCGGGGACGCCUAACAAGCCCGCUGGUUCACGGCGAUACGUUCGCGCGGUGGUCCAUUGCCAUUCCAAUCCUUUUCUGGUCUUUCUUUUGUCCGUAUUUCUGGGAGGUCGGCUGGAUGGGAUAUGCUAUUCCACUCGUCUUCGGCGGGUGGCUGGCUGGCAGGAUACUGAAGUUCAGGAACGUGGCGGGGGAUAAGAAGUCAUGGCAGAUGUGGUGCUUUUGGACUGGGGUCUUGUACGCUCUGCCGCUUUUCGCGAAGGCGUAGAGAAUGUUACAAUGAGGGUCGAUAGAUGGAUGAACUGGGAUUCCAUUUGGCGUAUUUGGGCGGUGGCGUUCAGACAGGCGUUGAUCGAAAGGCACAGGGAUUGAUAUCAGGCGUCCUUGGAUUAUAGUCGACUCUUCAAACUCGCGACGCGAAUUUUCAUAGCUUUUUCGAACUUGAUGCUUCCACAAUAUCAGCGUCCCUCCCUUUAAACAAGUUUCUCUCCACCUCUUCAAAAAUUAUCUUCCUAUCCUCCUUCAUCU